ACACAAUAGGCAUUUUACCCGCCCCGUCGCUUCUGCGGAUACUCUUUAAAUCUUUCAAACGAGUGUCAAGUAGUUCGGUCAACAUUACAUUUACGAUCUUAGUGGACAUCAGUCGCAUAGGAAUAACCACGUAAUCCGGAUCAUCACAAUGGAAGAAAUAGAAUGCCAUCCCCUACUCCAAAUCACGCCAGAAACAGUCAAGAAGGUGAGGCAGCUAUGUGACAUAGAUGACGUGAAGAGGAUCAAUGAGUCACUGGAUAUAGUGGAGGAAUGGAUCAAGAAGCAAGACCAUUUGGCUGAGGGGGGCAGUUAUCUUUGCAGAUCCCUCUUGGAGCGAGUAUACCUCCUAUCAAAGGGGUCAGUUGAAGAGACCAAGAGGAGGGUAGAAAGACUGCUGACAUCACGAGGUAUGAUGCCAGAGCUGGUGAUGAACAGAACUGUCGAGGAGUUUGAAGCUCAAUGGGAAGUAGUCAAUUAUGUUCCUCUGCCGAAGCUGCAUCCAGUAGACCAGUCGAGGGUGAUGGUGACACAGUUCCUCACGGAAAAACUGGAUCCCUUCAGCAUAUUGACUUACUUUAGAUAUUGCUUUUUGAUCGGAGAAUACAGGAUAAACUACGACUACACUACUUCAGAAAGAUUCGUUAUCGAUCUCACGAACAUACACCUGGGCCUGCUUAGUAAACUUAAUCCUAUUGUUAUAAAGAAAGCCGAAGUAUUAUGCACUGAAGGAAUCGGCACCAAAAUCAAAGGCAUCCACAUUUUGAACGCUCCACCAUUCAUUGACAAGCUGGUCUUCCUUCUCAAGCAAGCUCUUCGUGAGAAGGUGGCCAACAGGGUUCAUGUUCAUAAUAGCUAUGAGGAUUUGCAUAAGCAUAUACCUAGGGAUAUGCUGCCUAAGGACUAUGGUGGUGAUGAGCAAUCCGUUUCUAAAUUAUGUGAUCAAUGGAAAGAGCAACUAAGAACAGAGGAAGCCAAGAAGAAAAUAAAAAGUUUAGAAAAAAUGGUCAGUGACGAAUCUAAGCGACAAACUUCAAAGUUCAAUGAAGAAUACAUGGGGAUGCCUGGAUCUUUUAGAAAAUUAACUGUAGAUUAAGUUAAUUUUAAGUGUUUUUUCAGCCUGUUGUACCUAAUAUUUUCAAGUUAAGUAAUGCUCUGGCAAAACCAUUAGCAGAACUUUCUUCUUUGUAUAUAUUUUUUUAAAUAAAAAAUAUGUUUUUCGUAUUAUUUUUAUGAGACGCUUUUGUGGAAGACAGUCAAAUCUUUUUAGUGUUCUAGAGUAAUCCAAAGGUAACUGGGUUAAUGCUUAUUGUGCUUCAAAAUAAUGUUCUAUUUAUUUAUUUGUGUGGUCUGAAAAUACCUGAAAAUAGUCAUUUGAUCUGGGAAACGUAGAUUUAUUAAAAAAUAAACUUAAUAAAUUGUGUAGGUAAAGGUAGUUGUAAGAUGAUUUUGCUUUGUAAAAAGGUGUAUAAAAUAAGAUGAAUAAAAAGAUAUAAGAAA